GGUUCUAUCGCCCUCUAUUUUCUCUUUUCUAUAAUCUUCAGGCACUUCACCCUCUCACUUCCUCAGCCGUAGAGAUGAGACCUCCGAGAGGGCGUGGUGGUGGUGGUGGGUUCGGUGGUGGGUUCAGAGGUGGAAGGGGUGGGGGUGAUGGAGGGAGAGGGAGAGGAAGAGGUGGUGGGAGUGGCAUGAAACCCCGUGGAGGUGGGCGUAGUGGUGGCCGCGGUGGAGGAAGAGGAGGUGGCCGUGGAGGAAGGGGAGGAAUGAAGGGUGGGAGCAAGGUUGUUGUUGAGCCCCACAGACACGAGGGAGUGUUCAUUGCUAAGGGCAAAGAAGAUGCUCUUGUUACUAAGAAUUUGGUUCCUGGUGAGGCUGUCUACAACGAGAAGAGGAUCUCUGUGCAGAACGAAGAUGGAAGUAAGGUGGAGUACAGGAUAUGGAAUCCUUUCCGUUCUAAGUUGGCAGCUGCAAUUCUUGGUGGCGUUGACAAUAUAUGGAUUAAACCUGGCGCAAAAGUUUUAUACCUUGGAGCUGCCUCAGGGACAACAGUCUCCCAUGUCUCUGAUGUUGUUGGCCCUAACGGAGUGGUAUAUGCGGUGGAGUUUUCACAUAGAAGUGGAAGAGACUUGGUCAACAUGGCAAAGAAGAGGACAAAUGUUAUACCCAUCAUAGAGGAUGCCAGGCAUCCAGCCAAGUAUAGAAUGCUAGUUGGCAUGGUGGAUGUGAUUUUUUCAGAUGUUGCUCAGCCUGAUCAGGCUAGGAUUUUGGCUCUGAAUGCAUCAUAUUUCCUAAAGGCAGGAGGUCAUUUUGUUAUUUCAAUCAAGGCAAACUGCAUAGACUCAACUGUGCCUGCUGAGCAUGUGUUCCAGAACGAAGUAAAGAAGCUGCAACAAGAGCAGUUUAAGCCAUUCGAACAGGUUACUCUUGAGCCUUUUGAGCGAGACCAUGCUUGUGUUGUUGGUGGUUACCGAAUGCCAAAGAAGCAAAAAGCUGCUGCAUAGUUGUAUUUUAGGCUCUCUUGAAGCCCAUUUGCUUGUCAACUUCAAUAUCUCUUUUUUUUAAAUUUUUGUUUAAGAUCUGUCAAACACUUGUGUGAUUGUUAGAAUUCUAAUUUAUAUGUUAGUUUUGCAUGUUUUCCUACGUUUGCAUUAUAUGUGUUGGUGUUAAAUCCAUUUGUUAAUGGCAUGAGUGAAGCCCAUAUAAUAUAACGCCUUAAACAUA